CUUUUGGACCGUUGAGACUGGCGGAGUGCUGAACGAGGUGCAUCACUUCUACUGUUACCCUGGUGGGUGGGAGGAGAGGGAUGCAGUGAGAGCAGGCAUGGUGGGCAGCAGGGGGUGGUCUCAUGAGUACCUGCCUCUGGUGAAGCCAGCAUUCCAAUCGCAGGAAUCGAGCAUUUUCCUGGAAGAUUCCAAGUGCAUGGCUGCAGUGGCAGAGGCUGCAGCAAGCUCUUCAACCUCUUUCUCCGCUUCACCACCAUCAGUAUCGCCUUCACCACCAGCACCACUUGAACCAUCACCAGCAUCCCCCGGGGUGUAUGAGCUGCGUUGCUACAAGGCACGAGGGGAGCCUGAGAGCCCUAGCACUACUCACAGCAUCCAGGAAACAUUUUCUUUAACCCUCUCUGCACGCAUGGUGGCUGUUCCAUCCUCUCGCUGCCUCUUUAUUGGCUGCUCUGAUGCCGGGUAA